AUAAGGGAACAUCGGAGUUGGGCGAAACGGCACCGAAGACGUGCGUUUCGCCUUCAAUAUCACUGGCGAAUCAUAAAAUCGACUGGACAUCGCGAUGGCGGCGCCUUUGUGCGUGGAGUGCGGGGCGAGGAGCAACCCGUGCCGGUGCAAGGUUGUGGGGCCGACGGUGGGGUUUCUGGCGUUCGCGGCGGCAGCGGCCGUGGAGUGGCCGGUGGGGGCGGUGGUGUACCUGUUCCGCCACCUGAAGGGCCGCCGGAUCAUGGCCCACCCCGCCACCGUCGUCUACCCCUCCGUCGCCAACGCCAUCCCCAUUUAACCACAUCCACCUGUUUCAGUAGCAGACGCCUCCUCCUUCUCCUCGUUUGUAAAUUUGUAUUUACCUCGCAAUAAAUGAUGCAUCUUUAAUAA